CUUACAAGUCUGCACUGUGCAGUGGACAUUAUUCAACAUCUCUGUUCUGGACCAUGGUCCUUCAUAGUGGCUACAGUAUGAGCAUCCCUGCUAGUGUGAAUGUUGAGAGCCAGCUGCCCACCUCCUGGAGCCCCCACUACAACAGCCCAGAUGUGUCCAUGGUGUCGUCGGGUUAUUCUAGUCGUCUGUGGUCCCAGGACCUCCACCCACAGUAUUGGUCCAAAUAUCAGGUGUGGGAGUGGCUUCAGCAGACCCUGGAUGUGCACCAGAUUGAUGCCAUGUCCAUCCCAUUCAGUAACUUUGACCUAGAUGGAAGGCAGCUGUGUAACAUGAGCUAUCAGGACUUCACUCAUUUGGCUGGAUCUGUCGGUCCGGUCCUCUAUCAGAGCCUGACUGAUCUCAAGUGGAGCACUCAGUACGGCCCGUCAGUGGAUAUGUUUUCACCAGGGGAUAUUAAAACAGAAUUAGACGAUCUUCCAUGUUCGAUGUUACCUUACAAAGAGGACCCCAGCUUCUACGUCACCUCAGAGCAUUUUGACAAUAAAACCCCAUUUCAGCCAGCAACAGUGAUGACUUUACCAGCUCCCUGUAGUCCAGACCCUAAAAGACCCCACAGCCGCUCACACCAAGUGAAAAAACACAACCCACGUGGGACCCAUCUGUGGGAGUUCAUACGGGAUAUUUUGCUGAAUCCAGAAAGGAACCCAGGCCUGAUUAAAUGGGAGAACAGAUCAGAGGGUGUAUUUCGCUUCUUGAAGUCUGAGGCUGUAGCACAGCUAUGGGGCAAGAAGAAGAACAACAGCAGCAUGACCUAUGAGAAGCUCAGUCGAGCGAUGAGGUAUUACUACAAACGAGAGAUUCUAGAGCGUGUGGAUGGACGCAGGCUGGUCUACAAGUUUGGAAGGAAUGCACGUGGAUGGAGAGACACAGAGAAAUGAAGGAGUUGGCUACAUGUUUAUUUUCCUCUUUUCCUUUCAAUAGGAAAUGUGAAGUCUCUAAUUUAUAAUCUUAAGACUUUUACAUUAUGUUGUUUUACUAUAAGAAGGAGUGUGAUGUCUUUUUUUUAUGUUGCUUUUAUUUAUACCUGUUUUUUGCUUUUGUUUUGUUGCACCGAUUUGUGAGCCAAUAGUGCUUAGCUGAACACUACUUUUUUUUAUAAAUCCUUUUUUUUAUAUAUAUUUAUGAACUCUAAUACUCAGAUACUUUUCUAUCACUGCCUGUCAGAGCACAUGCAGUGCAUUUCAGUGGAAAAUCCAGGGUACAUUCAACCUUCUGUUAGGUUGCGCAAUGAUCUUAGUCUUGGAGACACUUUUCUACCACACACUUAUUCAUGGAGGUGUAUAAUAAUACACCCACGCUAAUAAUUCCACAUAACCUGAAAAUCUACAGUGUUUGAGAAGUUGAUGAAACACAAUGCUACGUUUGUCAUCUGUUUUCCAACUGUUUGUGACCAGUUUCAAUGUUGAUCUAACUACAGCGACUAAGUCUCACUGACUAAAAUUAAAGCUUCGAUCUUAUACUGCCUUUCUCUAUAGCACUUAUUAUUGGUCAGAAUUUUUUUUUUUAAUUGUGAACCACAAAGGCUGGAAAGUUUACUGUAUGGUCAAUACAGUGUUUUAACGGUCUUUGAGGAGCAAACAAUGUAUAUGUACAGUACAUAUGUAA